AAAACCAGUGACAUCAAGAGGCGUUCACUGUUGCUGCUGUGAGAAACUUACUUCCUUCUCUGUGGUCUCAGUUGGUGUGUUGAAGCGUGAAGCUCUUGCACAAACAAAAUGUUCACAGAUUUGAACCCGGAGAUGAUCGCAUCAGCAGGAAGCUGUGGUGUCUUUGACACAACAUCAGGGGUGUGAUGUAGAAACCCCCCAUGGUGAGAUGCCUCAGUGCAGCGGCUCAGGAUGGAGAUAACAGCUCUCUGCGCUGUUAUUGCUUGUCUGAGGCUUUUUCCCAGCAGAUUCCAGUUCUUCCAGUAUGAGUCUGUUACUCUGAGCUGUGAAGGAAACUCAUCUGAGUGGAGAGUCAGGAGAAAUACAUCAAAACAAAUAAGUGAACUCUGUCCCGAGUAUUUAACUCAAGCUAAUGAAUCUGAAUGCUACUUAUCUGAGCUGUAUGAAACCGACUCUGGACUUUACUGGUGUGAAUCUGCAGCAGGCGAACGCAGCGAUUCAGUCAACAUCAGCGUAACAGAUGGACCACUGAUCCUGGACAGUCCUGAACAUCCAGUUAGUGAAGGAGAAAACUUGACUCUUCACUGCAAAUUCAGGCCACCUUUUUCCUCCAAUCUCACUCGUUUCUAUAGAAACGGGGUUCUGGUCGGGGACAGCUCGGCGGGAACCUUCACCAUCCGAAGCGUUUCUAAAUCUGAUGAAGGCUUUUAUAAAUGUAACGCCUCCGGAGUGGGAGAAUCAGCAGAAAGCUGGGUGGCUGUAAGAGGGCGCAGGCCUCAAACGCCUACUGCUCCACUCACACUCAUACUACUUCCUGUUGUGGCUGGCGUUUUGUUGUUGAUUGCGCUGAUGCUGCUCUGCCGCUGGAGAAACCACAAAGGUGGAGUGAACCGUUCUGUGUCCUACACCGACGUCAUCAUCUCAGCGGACAGGAAACCUCAGAGAAUCACUGAUAUAGGUUCUGUCCCGACCUUCUAUUCAGGAGUGAAUCCACAGAGUUGCUGAUGAGAACCAGUUUUAUGGGGGCUCUCUCCUGUGUGUCCAGAAACACAAAGCAUUCAUUAUAUUGGGGUGUGUAUAUUUUUGUAAACUUUUUAAACUCAUCAAAUGAUGCUAAGAAGUUCAGUCUAAAGUCCUGGUGGAUUUUCUGGUAUUUCUCUCUCCGUUUUGGCCAGUUUGUGAUUUUAUGCAUUAUAUUAAAGCCUAACUGUCCUCUCAGUUGUUCAGCAUCUUUUUGUUAUCACUUUGUAUUGCACAGGUACUGGUGCUAUGAAAAUGUUUAACUUUUUUUAUUGAAUUGGUUUGCUUUAAGUUUGAAUCUAUUAUGAUUUUUGAGUCUUAAUUUCACCAUAAAUGUUCAUUGUUGUUUU